AUGCCCGCACGCACACCUGCUCCGUUUAACCUUGACUCGCUAAAGGAGGCUCUACCAAAGAUAUUCGACCAGGCCCAGACUACCGCCGCCAACCACCAGAAGAACUUCGUUGCACUUUACAAACUACACUCUGAUGCCGCCGCCAUCACCGAGGCCGUCCAGAACAACAAGAGCCUGAAGCUCACAGGAGAGCGCACCUUUGAAGAUGUCUUCCACGACAUGAUUAUGCGUGUCCUACCCCUCAAGAAGGGCACCAGCGUCGCGGACAGGACCGUGAAGUUCAUCGCAGGCUACACCAAGUUCAUUACCGAGAAGAAUACCCUGGGUGUUGGGUCAUCAAUCCUGAAGGACUGGCAAACCUCUUGCCCGGUCGCGGAGGAACGGAAGAAGAAUAAUCUCGACGAGGACGAGGAUACCAUCCCGGAGCGCUUCCUAUCACAUCUCGUCCACUUCCUCCUCAAGGGCUGCACCGCCAAGGACAAGGUCGUUCGGUAUCGCGUCAUACAGUGCAUAGCCGACACUAUCUCUCACCUGGGUGAGAUUGACGAGGACCUCUAUACUAACCUCCGAGCCACUCUCCUUGACCGUCUCCGAGACAAGGAGCCCACUGUCCGGAUGCAGGCCGUGAUUGCUCUCACGAAGCUCUCCUACUCCGAGGACCCCUCCGAGCUGGAUGAGGGCGAGCCGAGCAUCCUCGAGACUAUUCUCGAUGCCAUGGCUUACGAUACGUCGUCGGACGUCCGCCGCGCAGCCCUGGUAAACCUUCCCCCGAACCCUCAAACGCUAACCGCCCUCCUCGGACGUUCUCGUGACGUCGAACCCUCCAUCCGCAAACUGGUCUACACCAACGUGCUUGAGAAGUACUGUCUCCCGACCGACCGUGGACCCGCGUCCACCGUUGGCUUCACUCACCCACGCGCACUUACAAUCGCUCAGCGCGAGAUGAUCGUUCGCAACGGUCUCGGCGACCGCGAGGAGUCGGUUAAGGCCGCCGCGCGGAAUUUGCUAGGGGCCUGGGUUGAUGUUGUGCGUUCAGACGGGGCAAAGAAAGAAGACACCGACAAGUCGGAUGCUAUCAUCGAAGACAUGGUCGCGUUCCUGAAGCUGUUUGACCUUACGGAGGACACGAUUGCAGAGGAUGCGCUGUCGAACGUGCUGGACGUGCGCAUGGAUAUCUACGAGCACAUCGAAUUCCUUGAGGGUUACUGGAACACUAUCACUCCUGAGCGUGCAUUCCUCGCACGGGUCUUUAUCGACAAAUGUAUCGCAAAGACGGACGCGCACAAGAUGGACACAACGCUUCCCGUCGUAACCGCAAUGGCCUUCCGGAUUCAGGACGCGUACAACGCCCUUGUGCAACACGUCGAGGAAGACGUCGUGCGUGCCGAGAGCGGACUCGACGACGCCGACGAGGACGAACGGUCGCGGCGCGAAGAGUCGCGUUUGGACCAGGAGUUCGCGAUCGGCGAGCUGCUCCGGCUCGCAGUCAACCUCGACUACGGCGACGAAAUCGGGCGGCGGAAGAUGUUCCAGCUCGUGCAGGGGAUGCUGUCCCAGGAUGUCCUACCGGAGGCACUCCUCGCACGUUGUCUCGACGUGCUGCGGAUACUCUCCCCAAGCGAGCGUGACCUUAUCCGUGUCGUGGUUGAGGUUGUGCACGAGCUGCGCGAUCCGAGCGAGCCCGAAGGCGAGACCACCGUGAAGGACGAUAUCGAUGACACAGAGACCGAAAUGGGUUCACCACGCAGGCCACAGAGGGUUGCCCACCUACCCAAGCCAGUGGCUGAAAUGUCACCCGAGGAGAAGGCACGCACGGAUGCGGUGGACCUCAGGUGUUUGGCGCUCUGUAUUGGGAUGCUGGAACGCGUCAAUGGAACCUUCGAGGAGAACUCGACACUGGAAGGUAUCCUCGGCGAGCUGAUCAUCCCCGCGGUCAAGCGGCGCGAGAUGGCGCUCCGCGAGAAAGGCCUCAUCAGCUUGGGCCUCUGCUGCCUCAUCGCACGGCGCAUGGCGCUGAGCUCGUUCCAGCUCUUCCUGAGCCAGGUACAGUCCGCCCCAGAGGUCCUCAAGGUCCGCGUGCUGCAGAUCAUCUUCGACAUCCUCAUGGUGCAUGAGGGCGCGUUCCUCGGCCCGGGGAGCCCCAAUGGAGAGAAGAUCGUUGAGUUUCUGCUGCAGCUGCUGGAGGCUGAGGAGGCGGAGCGCGUGCAGGCGUUGCUUGUUGUCGGUAUCGCCAAGCUGAUGCUGUCGGGUAUGGUCACGGAUGAGCGGGUCUUGCAGACGUUGGUGCUCGUGUUCAUCUCGCCCGAGACGGCGUCGAACCAGGAACUGCGUCAAUGCCUUUCCUACUUCUUCCCUGUCUAUUCGUACUCUUCGCCCACGAACCAGCAGCGCAUGCGUAAGAUUUUUGUCCCGCUGUACGAGCGUCUUACCAAGGCCUUCCACGACUGGGACGGCGACGAGGACAUGGUAACUCCCGCUCAGGUUGCGCUGAUGUUCGUCGACUGGACGGACCCUAUUCGUGCUGCGGAUGCGGCGAAGGGGCUGCGGAAGGACAGCGAGAAGGACCCGAUCCACCUCGACCUCGCGACGGAUGUCAUCAAGGCGCUGUUCAGCGUCGAUUACGACAAGGAGGACAAGAAGGCGCUCUGUCAGAUGCUCGGGAAGCUCUACCUGCCCGACGAGGUGGACGACGACAAAGUCCGUGUCCUCAAGCUUCUACUGACCAACCUCCGUUCGCGACGCCCACCACGGGAUACUGCUGCGAAGAAUGCGUUGGUAAAGUUCGAUGCUGCGCUCUCGAAGAAGUACGAGCGGCAGCUAGAGAACUUCAGCGAGGACGAAUUCCGUAAGCUCGAAGAGCUCCGCGAGUUGUUCGACUUCCUGGACGAUAUCAUUCCCGACUUUGACGAGGAUGACGAGCCGCCCAAGAAGGGUCGGAAACGACGAUCGAUGAGCGUCGCGACGGAGACGACCACCAGUGCGGCAACGUCGGGCGACCGCAGCCCGCCGCCGUCUCCUCGGCCUGGGAAGAGCAAAGCAAAGUGCGUCUGCGGUUUCCAUUCGUCGCUCUAG